AUGGAUGAUCGAACAAUAGACUUAAUUUUCUCCGGGUCCCUUGAGAGUCUACCUCCUGUGAGUUCAAAAAUUGUGAGGAUAUUCACAAGCUCCACGUUCACUGAUACAACUAUGGAGCGAAACACUCUUAUGGCUCAGUGUUAUCCGCGACUGAAAGACUAUUGUCGAGAGAAACACGGACUGGAAUUUCAGGUGGUAGACAUGCGAUGGGGAGUCCGAGACGAAGCCACCGACGAUCACAUGACAACCGAGUUGUGCAUGAAAGAGAUUGAAAACUGCCAGAGACUUUCCAUGGGUCCAAAUUUUGUGGUGUUCCUGGGCCAGAAGUACGGCUACCGGCCGAUCCCGACGUACAUCAUCUCAUCGGAACUGCAGAUGCUGCGGGACGAGUUGGCCAACACGGGGAACGACGUAUCGCUGCUGGACACGUGGUACCGUAAGGACAGCAACGCCGUGCCGCCAGUCUCCGUGCUGCAGCCCAUCUCUUCCAUACUCAUCAACUUCAACAACAAGAGGGUGCCGAAGCUACAACAGCACGACCAGGCGCUGUGGUGGGACACUUUGGCCCGCAUGCAGAAGCUGCUGCGCAAGGCGGCGCAUGCGCUCUACAGUGCAGAGAAGAUUGACAAGGAUACCAUGCACAACUACUUCAUGUCUGUGACAGAGAGAGAAGUUAUAAAUGGUAUCUUGAACGUUAAGAAUACUAAAAAUCAUUGCCUGGCCUAUGUGAGAUAUAUAAAUAACAUAAACUUACAAAAUUUGAAGAAAGCGUCAUUGUUCUUAGACAUUCUAAACAGAAGUUUAGACAAUGAGGCCUCGAGACUUUUGGCAAAUCUCAGGGACGAACGUCUGCCAAAUAAAAUUGAGUCUACGAACUUACAACGGUAUACUGUCGAAUGGAUUGGACGUGAAGGUUUAGACACGGAAACACACGAGGAAUACCUACAGCACUUUAUUACGCAUUUUUAUAAAAAUAUCACAAAACUUGUGGAUAGAGCAAUGAGAAAAGAAGACUCAAGUGCUCAAGGACAGAUCGUCACCGAAAUAUUACAGCACUUACAUGCGUGUAAUAAUUCAGUGAAGGUGUUUUAUGGGAGAGAAGAUGACCUGGAGCGUAUCCAGAUGUACAUGACUGGGGAUUCGGAGAAGCCACUGGUACUGUACGGAGAAGGAGGCUGUGGCAAGACGUCUCUGCUGGCGAAGGCGGCCAGCCUCACAUCUACGGAGUGGUUCCGCGGCCGCAAGCCCAUCAGCGUCAUCCGCUUCCUGGGCACCACCCCCGACAGCAGCGCACUCACGCCCACGCUCAUCUCCAUAUGUCAGCAGAUUUCAUACAACUACAUGCUUCCAUUUGAUGACAUUCCUGUGGAUCUGGUGCCUCUGACAGCACACUUUAAGUACUUACUGAACAACGCGACCAAAGAGCAACCGCUGAUCCUGUUCCUGGACUCAGUGGACCAGCUGACAGGCACACAGGAUGCCAACAAGGUUUCCUGGCUGCCGUUGCGCCUGCCUCCCAAUUGCAAGCUGCUGGUAUCUUGUGCAGCUGAAGCAAAUAACCCAGAGGUCUCUAAUGACUAUUACCUUUUAAGAAGAAUGAUUGACAUUGAGGAGAACUUUCUUGAGGUUACUGACCUCGGAGAGGAUCUUGCAAUGCAAGUAAUAAGAAUGUGGAUGAAGACUGCUCAUAGGGAUCUUUCAAACUAUCAGUGGCGGCUUGUUGCAAAUGCAAUCGGCCAAUGUUCACUACCAAUAUUUGUCAAACUAGUCUUUGCUGAAAUCUGUCGCUGGCGGAGCUACACAAAGCCACAAGAAACACAUCUGGCUUCAACUGUCAUGGAUUCAAUCAUGAUGCUGUUUGAAAGAAUUGAGAAGCAGCAUGGUCGCAUAUUGGUAUUCCAUGCUUUGGCCUACAUAACAGCUGCUAAAAGUGGACUGUCAGAAUCUGAAUUAGAAGAUUUGAUUUCCCUAGAUGAUAAGGUACUUGAUGAUGUCUACCAGUAUCAUCUUCCACCUGUUCGAAGAAUACCUCCUCUGUUGUGGACACGUAUUCGGAAUGAUCUGCCAAAUUAUCUGUCUGAAAGAGAAGCUGAUGGUGUCAGUGUUAUGAACUGGUACCACAGACAGUUUCGUGAUACAGCGAAAGAGCGUUACUUCAAAAAUAUGAACAUGGCCUUUUACUUCCACUCAUCAAUUGCUGAUUACUACCUUGGAAUAUGGGGUGGUGGCAAUCCUAAACCUUUUAAAUAUACAGAAAUACAGAGGCACAGGUUUAAUCUCACUGAGAAGGAAGGUUCUGCUGACAGGAAAGUUCCUAUUCAACCUCUAGUAUUUUAUUCAAAGGAUGGGAAUGUUUCACGUUAUAAUUUAAGAAAGUUUGGAGAACUGCCUUUCCAUCUGGUUAGAUCAAGAAGAUUCCAGGAUUUGUUUGAAAAUGUCUUAUUUAACUACGAGUGGCUGCAUGCAAAGUUAUCCUCAUGUCCUCUCCAAGCAGUACUCAGUGAUUUUGAAGAUGCUUGUGUGAAUGUGGGAGACAGAGAGGCAACAAGGGAACUGAUGCUGGUUGCAGAUGCAUUGAGACUUGGUGGAGCAAUUCUCAGUGUGUACCCUAACAUGCUUGCACCUCAGCUGGUUGGAAGACUGUUGCCAGAAAUUGGUGCUAACCCCAAUGUGAAGAUGCUCUUGCGCCAGUGUGAUGAGAAGGGUCCAGAGCAUUGUGCUUGCUUACCACUCUACCAUUGUUUACAUACUCCUGGUGGACCUCUUAAGUAUUCUCUAGAGGGCCACCAGUUUGCUGUGUUUGGAUUUUGUUUAACCUCUGACUUUCGGUACAUUGUCUCAAUUUCAAAUAAGUUUAUCACUUGGGAUUUGUCAACAAGUGAUCUUACAAGAGAAGUGAACCCAGGAAUACAAGGAAUAAUGCAGCAAAUGAUUUUGAGCCCUGAUAAUCGUUUUGCUGCAGCAUUUACUAACAACAACCAGACAGUUCUGUUAAAUAUGCUCACUAGUGAGUAUGUUGUGAUUGAAAAUCCUCUGCCUGAUGAUCAGCCAAUAACGGCAGUAUUUCUUUUAAAUGCUCACCUGUUUAUUCUUGGUCCUCGGAAAUGGUGCCAAUUUAACAUGCGUGGCCAAAUGGAGGAAAUACAUGAUGUUCCCUCUGCAACUGAUAAAUUUGUUGUGUCAACUGCUGAUUUCACAUCACUUGAAGACUAUCGUCUGUUACUUUGGACAGGUGAUCUGGAGGAUCAGGAUAUGCAGCUCCAUUAUUUCACUGAAAAUGGUUCUGCUGAAAUUCUCAGCUUUCAUAGUGCAAUGGUACUUACAGAAGACAAACAAAAAGUUUACUGCUGCGCAAACAGUGAUCACUACCAGGUCAUGCAGUUCAUAUUUGACAGAGAAGCUAUGGAAUGGAUUCAGGAAAGGAGCCUGGGUAGGACACCGAAUGACGAGGUGGAGGCGCUGCUGCAGCUGAAGCUGGACAAGGCAGAGGAGACACUGCUGGGCACGACGAGCAACGGCUUCGUGGUGUGGGACGUGCGCGCCAGCGAGCCCGCGCCGGCAGUGCUGGCGCUGCCGCACGGCGUGCGCAACAUCUCCACCCGCAUCCUGCACUCCAACUCCUGCAUGGUCUCCGCUGCCAGGGACUUCGCCGUCGCAGGCGUCAGGAAGAAUCUGUAUGUUUGGAAUCUGGAGACAUGCGCGUUGCUGAAAGUACUGGAUGCUCAUUUUGGGAGGAUAAUCUCCCUGGAACCACUCACUAUCGGAAACUGGAAUUCCGUGAUAACGUCGUCGAUCGACCGCACGGUGAAGGUGUGGAACAUCAACAACAUCUUCGAGCAGGUGCACGUGAUCGACCGGCACGAGGUGCAGGUGGACUGCGUGCGAGUGUGCCAGGAGGCGGGGUUGGCGGUGACGGUGACGCGCGGCUGCGUGGGCGUCUGGGACCUGCAGCUAGGCCGCCUGCUCGCCAGGCUCGCCGACAGCCCGCUCGGGGCCAUCGUCACGCACGCCGAGAUCACCCCCGACAGCAGAUACAUCGUGUCCGCAGAAUCUGGAAACAUCUUGAUAUGGAACCGUCUAACUGAGCAAGUUCUGUUCAAAGACGAACAGCCUGGUGUUCAACAAAUUACUCUACUCGAAGGUGGAGCCAAAUUCCUGGCUGUCUCAAAGUCUGAAGCAACACAAGGAAGUAAUGAAGGAAUGCGUGUUAAUGCGACAGGAGUCGUGCGGUCUAUUCCUGAAGGUACGAAACUAUAUUCAUUCGAGUACCCAGUGAGAUGUACUCCUGGUGUGCCAUUUAAACCUGGAGUUGUAACAUGUGACGAUAGUUACAUUGUCGUGCUUGGAGCCGAUAAAGGUGCAAGAGAUUGUUUGUACGUAUAUAAUGCACGAACAGGCGCCAGUAUGCAUAAGAUUCCUCUGAGAGCAGCUUCAGUUAAGGAUGUCGUGAGUUUAAUAGCAAUGCCCCACAAAGCUCAACUUGUUGCGCUAAUUGAUGCGGAAAAGGGCAGUAUUAUUGAUAUAAGACAGAAACGUGUUGUCAGAAGUGUUCCAAAAUGGGGAGGAAGCUGUACAAAAGAUGGGAAAUUUGGACUGUACGCUCCUUCAAGAGGAGGGCUAGAACUUCUGGAACUAAAACACGGAACAACUGUGAAGACAUUCAUACCUAAAGUGGCUGAAGGUGUAUUCACAGUUAUCUGUAUGUUUAACAAAACAGAUGAAUAUGUCCUAUACUACCAUAGCGGCAAGAAGACGCUCAGAGUGUUCAGGACUCAAGACGCUGAGAUGAUCGCUAACUACCGCGUGCAAGCGGAGCUGACAGCGAUCGAGAGCACCGAAGACGGACGCGCCGUCGUGCUGGGCACCGUCGAUGGCUGCGUCUCUGCGCUGGCGCUAGCGGACCCCGACAAGGCCGACGUUGUCAGCUUCCUCACCACUCUGCCCUCCCGCGACGAGGAGUGGAAGAAGAAAGCAGAGAAGCUAAGAGCGACGACGAGAUUCAAGGCUGCCAUGUCGAUUGCGAAGCUGACGACGCAGUUCAUGGCCAGCGCAGGCAUCCCGGCCCACCCUGACGACGUGGACGACGAAGAAGAGGAGGAAGCUGAGCAAUAG